UCGAUAAUUAUAAAUAGUAUAGUAUUAGUAUAGAUCUACAUCAUACAAGAGUGCGAUCUCUAUAUGAAGUUUAAACUUUAAACUGCUUUAAUUUUAAGGCGAUUACAUAUUGUCAGAACCAGCAAUCUGAUAAUUAUAUUAAUUAUAUAUUAAUAUGGCCCAUGUUAGAACAUAUAAUCCUUCUGUGCGUAUUGGAAACUGGAUUGAAGAGGUUCAGCUUGAAGAAGAUAAACUCAAAGAUUUUUUGGAGAGAAGAGCAAACGGUCAACUACUUAUUCAAAGAUCUAGUGGUUUCAUGGGAAGAAUGUCCAAUCCUAUUCAACUAAGCACUUCUGCUGAUGGUUGUGUCAGAUUUGGAGAUACCAUCAUGGUUGUCAAUAAAGGAAAUCCAGAUCGCACAGUAUAUGGUGUAGGACAGCACCCCAGAGAUGACAGUGCCCUCGCAAUUUACAUUCCUGAUAUUGAUUCCUCACAGACUGCUUCCGGACCACUCAUUGUCUCAGGAACAACCAAACUUGCACCAUGCUUUCGUACAGCAUUCAAAGUUAUGCCAUCAUCUGAUUCUGUUAACAUUGGAGACAAGCUGCGCUAUGGUCAACCAUUCUAUUUGAUGACCGCAGCCUCCGAAUCAGGAGAGCUAUUUGUGUUCUCCGAUGUUAAACGCUUCAGUCAAUGCACUGAAAAGGCUCGACAUCAAGUAGUGCAUCUGACAGCUGAAAAGUCAUUUAAUUGUUUUUGGAAAAUCCAGCACAUAAACCCCCUGCUUAGAUUGGAGUAUGAACAUGAACCAGUCCUGGCUAAUGAUGAAUGCAUUAUUCAACACUGCAAGACACACCAAAACUUGUGUGUUGAAGAAAAAUGUGUCAUUCCAACAUACUUUGGUAGAGAUUAUGAAAUCUCAGCACAGACCUGCCUUGAUAGCCAUAAAGCAGAAAUGGCUAUCAACAGAUGGAUGUUGGUGAUGGGAGUUGCUGGUGAUCAAACAUACUCAAUUGCUCUGAAUAACACAGGAAGCCAGGAACCAAUUGAACUUAAACCAUCCAUUAAAUAACACAAAUAUAUUAAAUAAACUAUCUAUUCUAUGGGUUGUCAUACCUUUAACAUAGAAAUGUUUUAUGAAGAUAAUCACUUGUAAUAAUGCUUAAAAUAUGUGUAAAAAAAUAAUAUAUAUAUAUAUAUAUAUAUAUAUUUAAUAUAAUUUAAUUAGUUAAAAUUUAAUUGUGUAAAUGUUUUAAAAUGUUUUACAUAUCACAAAAAUAUCUUUAUUUCCCCUAAUAAUUUGUGAAUUUUAAAAAUAUUAUCUCCUAGAUUGAAACUUUAAAAUGUUCUGUAUAGCCUACGGGAGUCUGUGGGAGUUUUCUUUAAAAAGAAUAUGUGUGUAAGCGUAAGCUUAAGCUUGAUAUUUUAUCAAACAUUUAUUAGUCAUACAAGUCCUCAUCUAUUUUUUUUUUAAAUUUAUUUUUUAAUCAUAUACAUGUGUUGUAUAGUUUUGAGGUCAUUAAAAUAAAGAUAUGACAUUUUG